ACGCUAUCACGUGCUGUACUCAACACCACCACACGCGACUCCGCGCACCACGCGCCUUCACCCUGCCCAACACCACACGCGACUCCGCCCACCCGUACUUGACUCCCGCCCGCCAUGUCCGAGCGCAAGGUCCUCACCAAGUACUACCCCCCCGACUUCGACCCGUCGAAGAUCACCCGCCAGCGCGGCCCCAAGAAUGCCGGCCCCAAGCUCCAGACCGUCCGCCUCAUGGCGCCCUUCUCCAUGAAGUGCACCCACUGCGGCGAGUUCAUCUACAAGGGCCGCAAGUUCAAUGCCCGCAAGGAGACCACCGACGAGAAGUACUACGCCAUCGCCAUCUUCCGCUUCUACAUCCGAUGUACGCGCUGCUCCGGCGAGAUCACCUUCAAGACGGACCCCAAGAACAUGGACUACGAGUGCGAGCGCGGCGCAAAGCGCAACUUCGAGCCCUGGCGCGAGGCCAAGCUGGCCGAGGAGACCGAGGAGGAGCGCCUUGAUCGCCUCGAGAAGGAGGAAGCUGAGCGCGACGCCAUGAAGGAGCUGGAGACCAAGGUCAUCGACGCAAAGACCGAGAUGGCCAUCGCCGACGCCCUCGACGAGAUCCGCUCGCGCAACGCCCGCAUCGCAAAGGCCGAGCAGGACGGUACCACCACGAGCGUCGCGCCCCCGCCCGAUGACGCUGAUGCGCGGCGGCUGCAGCAGGAAGAGGAGGACGCCGACGCCGCGCGCAGAGCCUUCGCCCGUGAGAUGCCCGACCUGGGCGAGGAGGACAUCGACGAGGAUAUGUUCGAGGAGCCUGUCGACGCCCCGGCAGCUGUCUUCAGCGCAAAGCCCAAGGCGAAGAAAGAUUUCGGCGCCGCCCUCGGCAUCAAGAAGAAGGCACCCGCGCCGGCCGUUUCAGCGUCCAAAGUGGCCCCAGCGCCGUCCAAGCUCUCCACCAUGCUCGUAGCAGGAUACGACAGCGAUGAUGACUGAUGUAUUUAAUGUAUCUCCAGCACCGGCCUUGCCUCGGCAAUGCGUCACAGUCUCCAUCUCGGCGCAAACACAUGAGAAAACUGAGAAACAAGAAUUCACGAUGCAAAACGUCAUCGCACGCGCGCCGUAACCGUCUGCAGGUACGCGUCGGCGGCGCUCGUCGCUUUGAGGUCGCCCCCCUGUGCAGAUCCGGAGAAACCGCCUCAACCACGUCCAAAUCACAACCCC